GGGGCAGCCGUCGAGGGGCGCCGAGGAGGAGCGCGGCGGCGGCGGCGGCGGGAGCGGCGGCGGGAGCGAGGCGCUGUCGCUGGCCGAGGUGCUGAAGGCGUACGAGCAGCCGGUGAACGAGGAGCAGGCGUGGGCGCUCUGCUUCCAGUGCAGCCGCGGGCUGGGCGGCGCCGAGCCGGGCUGGGGACCCGCCGGCCGCAUCCGCGACCCCGAAGACAUCCUGCUCCGCAAAGACGGCACCGUCUGGGCGCGCGGCGAGCACGGCACCGCAGAGCUCCCGCUGAGCUUGACGCCUUCAGCUGAAGCACAGAUGGUGCAGUCCCUGGGCUUCGCCAUCUACCGCGCGCUGGAUUGGGGCCUGGAUGAGAACGAGGAGCGGGAGCUGAGCCCCCAGCUGGAGCACCUCAUUGACCUGAUGGCCAACAGCGACUCCGAGGACAGCGGCUGCGGGACGGCAGACGAGGGCUACGAAGGGCAGGAGGAAGAGGAGGAGGCGGUGGAGGGGGGUCACCUGCGGGCCGUGCGCACCUUUAGCCAAGCCAUGCGGCUCUGUGCAGUGCGCCUCACCCACCCCCAGGAGGCCCAAGCCCACUACCAGGCUGUCUGCAGAGCCCUCUUCCUGGAGACCGUGGAGCUGAAGGCCUUUCUGGCCAAGAUCCGGGAUGCCAAGGAGAUGCUGACGAAGCUGAAGGAGGAGGAGCAGAAGGACCAGUCAGCGGCGGAUCUGGACAACCUGCAGAACACCGACUGGGCUCGACUCUGGGUCCAGCUGAUGAGGGAGCUGCGCCAUGGGGUCAAGCUCAAGAAGGUCCAGGAGAAGCAGUUCGACCCUCUGCCCACCGAGUACCAGCUGACCCCCUUUGAGAUGCUCAUGCAGGACAUCCGGGCACGCAACUACAAGCUGCGCAAGGUCAUGGUGGACGGCGACAUUCCUCCCAGAGUGAAGAAGAACGCGCAUGAGCUUAUCCUGGACUUCAUUCGAUCCCGACCCCCCCUGAGACAGGCUUCCGAACGGCGGCUGCGCCCGAUCCCCCAGAAGCAGCGGACGCUCCACGAGAAGAUUCUUGAGGAGAUCAAGCAAGAGAGGAAGCUCCGGCCUGUGCAGUCCCAGAAAGGCUUUGGCUCUCUGCCCUGCCUCCUGAACGCCUGCUCCAGCCACCCCAAGUCCCCCUCCUGCAUCAACCUCUCUGUCUCCGACUCCAGCGCGCCCCCUCCAUGCCAGAGGCCGAGGGUCUUGCUGAAGGCCCCCACGCUGGCCGAGAUGGAGGAGAUGAACAUUUCAGAAGAGGAAGAUUCUCCCAGCACAGAAGCGAUGGAGGAGCCGGGCUCCUUGAUGCCGCUGAAGCGGGACCGCUCCUUCUCAGAGCAGGACUUAGCUCAGUUUCAGAGCGGCAGCAGCAGCGGCAGCACCCAGCCGGGCCUGGAGAACCUGGGAGACAGCGGGUCUGAGCCCAGGCCUCGCUCAGGGUCCGUCCCAGCCAGUUACCACCAGGGCCCCUACAGUGGCACCAGUGCCUUUCCCUCGGGCCUCAGCGCUGUGGAUGAGAAGUCGGAAGCCGGCUCUGGCCCCACCCCAGAGGUCAACGUGAAGCAUUUGUGGCUGCAGGAGUUCAGCCACCCGGUGGAGAGCCUGGCGCUCACGGUGGACGAGAUGAUCAACGUGCGGCGGGUGCUGGUGAAGGCUGAGAUGGAGAAGUUCCUUCACAACAAGGAGCUCUACAACAGCCUGAAGAAAGGGAAGAUCUGUUGCUGCUGCCGGACCAAGUUUGCUCUUUUCUCCUGGCCUCCUGCCUGCCUCUUCUGCAAAAGGUCUGUCUGCAGCUCCUGCAGCCUGAAGAUUAAGAUGCCAUCAAAGAAGCUAGCCCACAUCCCCGUCUUUGCCUUGGGCUUUGAGACCUUGCCAGGCUCCUUGGGCACCAAGGGACCCCCGUACCGGAGGAGGGAGGCAUUCCGCUCCCUGCAGGGCACACACUGGCGCAGCGUGGAGGAGGAGUUCCCCAUCAUCUACGCGCAUGGCUCUGUGUUGAAAGACGUCUGCAGUGACUGCUCUGGCUUUGUCACCGACGUGGUCAGUUCCAGCCGCAAGAGCAUGGACAUCCUGAACAAAACGCCCAGCCGGAGCCGCAAGACUCAAUCCCUCUACAUCCCAUCUAGCUAGACGGCUCAGCUCCCGGGACACGCGCUCCACUGCUGUGCCCCCGACUUCACCCCCUUCUGGGUUGGACUCUCCUUUGGCGUUUGCACCAGUGAGGAGGACGCCAUCUCUCUGCCUGAGUCCCUGUCCUCGGGGCCUUGGGGGACUCACUUCCUGCCUUGCUGCUGCAUGUCUCCUCAGCUGACUGCUGUUCCCUGUCGUGAGCAACUCCUGCCUGGGUGUGGGGGCCUCCACGGGCUGUGUUUGGUUUGGGGCUGGCCUGCCUGAGAGGGAAGGCUUGACUGAACAGACCUCGGAGAGCCUGCAAGCGGGGCUGGCGGGGGGCACCAUUGCUGGGCCCCCACUUCCAGCCACCCUGAUCCACAUCACUGGUUUGUCUGGCGGGGCUCUCUUGAGGGGAGGGGUGGUCUGCCCCCAGCUGGGCACCUCCUGAGCUUCAGAGAGCUGCGGCCCCUCCCCCUACCUGCCUGUCUCCCUUCCGCUCUCCUCCUGCAGUGUCUUGACCCCUCCGUCUUUCUUGAGCCCCAUGUCAGGGAGAAGGAGAAGUUUUUGAACCACUGUCUUCAGGCCACCCCACCUCUGCCCUCCUCACCCUGUUUUUAUUGAAGGUGGCCAAGUGGGGGCCGGCGGGCUGUCUUCCCUGCCCCCCACUGUGUUUUCCUUAGGCAGCAAAUAAUAAAAUACCUGAUUGUUUUGCUA